AUGGCGUCUUCCAAUGCCCCUCCGGCGAGCCUUACUUGGCGUGACGCCCAGAAGUUGCGCAAGUAUCUUGCACGAGACAUCGGCAAGCUCCAGCCAGGAACUGGUUCUGGAAUCGACAUUUCCAAGUUCGAAGCGGUUGACAGCCUUUUGGAGAAGUUCCGCCUCGCUUGCGUCUCUACCAUCUUUCUCGACUUUGAUUAUGCCAUCGCCCAGAAGACAGAGGAACACCUAUGGCUCAUUCAUACCUCGAUCAAUGCCGAAUAUCGACGCAUCUUGGGCCGGCUCAAGCAAUCGUCCCACGCAGUCGAGAAGCGAAAGGUGGAGAAGAUGUACAACAACUUCCUGCGCAUCGCCCAUAAGUUUUACAAAGGAUAUAUCCAGCGCCUCUCCGCCUACUAUGAUAUUCCCGAGCUUAAACGAAUCGCGCAAGGCAUUGAACUUGACCAGUUGGUCGUCGAAGACACGAUUAGCCCGGUCUCGGAAGAUCUGCAGCGCAAAGUGUUGUACUCUUGCCACCUUACCCUGGUCCACCUGGGAGACUUAACACGAUAUCGAGUUCAAGCUCGCCAUAAGAACUCUGGCUACGAAGGGGCCUUGCUAUACUACGGACUGGCCCACCAUCUUCAACCCCGAUCAGGCUUUGCUUUCCACCAAAUGGGAAUCAUCAAUCUCGAACAGGGCAAUCAUCUCGACGUGGUCUAUCACUUUUCCCGCGCCUUGGCCGUGGAAAAUCCUCAUCCCAAUGCUCGGACCAACUUGGAAGCCGAGUACAAAGCGGUUCUAGCUCCAACUGGACCCAAGUCUAGACACAAUGUCACUGCACCACAAGACCAUUUCACAAUGUGGUUUGUCAAGCUCCAUGCCUACUUCUAUAAAGGCGAGGCCUUUCGUCCCCAAGAAGAGUUGGAAGGCGAAGUGAUGCACCGACUUGAGAUGGCUUGCCGAAAUCCUGACUCUUCCAAUGUUAUUCUCAAGAUGGCACAGGUUAAUAUGCUGGCACACUGCAUAGCCUCUGCUCGAUACACAGAAAACCAGACGGAAACUUCCAUGCACUUUUACCAAUACGCGCUUCGCUUCAACGCCAAAUUUAUGCAUACUUUUUGCAAAGUCUUUUUGUCUGAGCUCAGAGAGGCUCUUUCUAACGCCGAGGGCUUUGGCUUCAAACACCGACUGGAUAAUUCCGAAGAGUCGCAGACACAGACUUCCGUCAUUGAAGCACUUCUCCCUGUUUUGCGUGUAUAUGGUAUGUGGCUCGCAGCCCGCCGCACCGAGAUUUCCACCGUCGCGGAUGUCUUUGGAGCAAUCAUUCCAGAGAUGAUUCAGAACAUGUCGAGAAUCGCCACUAUAUUCUCUUCGGAAUAUUACAGCCUGGAGAAUUUGAAAACUUGCCCAUAUUUGCUUCCGGAAGAUAUCCAAAACUUGGGUUUCCAACCACUCAACGAAGAUGAUCUACCCGAAGAGUGCAGAGUCUACUGUGACGAGGAUGGAGACUGCAAACCUUACCCUCACGCCCUCGAAGAAGGCUGCGGUUCGGCAUCGAGUGAAAGAAUAGGAAGAAUCUUCGACGUCCUCCGCUGUGCGUAUUUCUUGGCCAGCGACGACGCAUUUCCUAUGACCUAUAAAAUUGAUGGAAACUUCCUUAUUUUUCGUUAUCAGCCAGUUGCCGAGAAGCCACAAGCUCAACAGAAUCCGGAAGACGAUACGACGUCGGUUGCUAGUGAAUUGGAAGCUGUCGAUAGAGAAGAGUCAUUUGAAACCAAGAUCAUCCCCGAUGCCCUGGCGAUACCUGAGCUGGCGAUCCCCGAGCUGGAAGCAACAGAGGUGGCGAAACCUCCGGUAUCAACGCGACAGGAAGCAAGUCGACUUUUGCUGAACGAGGAUGAUGAUAUUUAUGAAGACUCUGAAGCUAUGAAUCGGGGCGCUGAGACAGUUCUCGAUGUGGUGGCCCCUUUCUUGAGACCACUUACUCCUGUUGACGAAUCUUCAUUCGGAAUGCAUACUUCCACUGCAAACGAAGUAUUUGGCUCACUCAACACAGAAGCCAGCCCCACGGAAUCUAUCACGUCGGGGAAAUUUGCGCCUCUUCCUUGGGCUUGGUUCGGCACGCCAAAUCCGCAUGGCGCUCGUGACCCGGCACUGCCUGUGAGCCAAAGCGCCCAGAAUGUUCAGAACGUUCAGAACGGCCGGAAUGGCCAGAACGGUCGCCGAAGCACAAGGCACUCCCCUAGUGCGUCUAUGGCAGCAAGCCAUCUUCUCGAGGACCCCUUUACUACGCCUGGCCGCGAUGCACCUGAGAAUCGUCCGCGCAACAUGGCAAACGGAGUCGCCAGCCCGCCAAACACAUCUGCUCGGAGACUACAUCGGGAACAGUUGCUCCAAGCUUUUGGCAAUGGUUCAAGCACUCCACGCACAUCGUCCUUUAGCCACUGGUCACACAGUUCCAACUCCAACUCCUCGAGACCACCGGUACCCAUGGCGACAAUGCAGGAGUCGAACCAUUACCCGGCUUGGACCAACCAGUCGAGCAUUUCUUCUUUCUCUCACACGAGCAGCCUCUACCAUGGCACUCCAGCAAACGGAUUGCAGUACAACAUGCAACUUGCUGUUGACCCGAGCCGUGUACUUCAAGAACCAAUAAAUAACCACUUUCAAAUCGAUAAGACGACAUCGAAUUACAACAACGCCGUCAUGAGAUCGGCAUACCAAGGAUCGAGCUAG